AAUAUCACUGAUUACAGGUUACACUAGUACCAAAAUAAUCAGGUUACACCAGUACAAAACAACCGAUACAUGAUACCGCAAAAAAAAAACUCUCAACUUACUAGAAUAAAACCCCAAUUUUACUAAAACCCUAGAAAAAACCCCCAAUUGACGAUAAUUUUCAUUACAGAAUUUCUUCAAGAACACAAUUUGAAUAAUCAAUUAAAGAACAUCAACAACAACCCAAUAAAAUUGAAUUACUAAACAAAUUAGAUUUGAAUUACCAACUUGUAGCCAUAUCUUGAAGGAGACUUUCGUUUUUCAACAAAGAAGGAGGAGAAAACGUGUAACUGCGAUGGUUGUAGGAGAGGAAACGACUUUGUCGGAGAGGAAACGGCUUUGUCGGAGAUGAAUAAGCAAGUGAGAGAAGAAGGGCGUGGCGUCGGAGAGAGAGAGCUGCUCAGGGAUGAAGAGAGAGUAGUAACUUUCGAAGUUACUUUAACCCGUGAAUUGACGAUUUUGCCUCGGGUAUGGGCACAAAACAUAACCUCGUAGGAAUGUGAUGUUGUGGAAGCCUAAAUUGCAGCAAUCCGUGUUGUUCUCAAAACAUAAUAGUUGGUUUUCUUCCCAAACUCAUUGUUUAUCGGCAUAUAUGCCUUCCUCCGUUCGUAUCGCUGUUGUCGGAGAUGUCCAUGACGACUGGGAACUAGUGGACGAUUCCAAGGCCCUACAGUUUUUACAGCCGGAUUUGGUGCUUUUUACAGGUGACUUCGGCAAUGAGAAUGUUGAGCUUGUUAAAACUAUUUCAAAUCUAAACAUGCCUAAAGCUGCAAUACUUGGAAAUCACGAUUCCUGGUCUACUCGUCAGUUCAACCACAAGAUGAAAGAUGGAGUUCAGGUUCAGCUGGAAUGUCUAGGUGAAGAGCAUGUUGGAUACAAGCACUUGGACUUCCCUACAUUGAAGCUUAGUGUUGUAGGUGGGAGACCAUUUUCUUCAGGAGGUAAUCAGUUAUUCAGGAAAAAGCUUCUGACUGCAAGAUAUGGAGUCCAUAACAUGAGAGAAAGUGCAGAUAGAAUUCACAAGGCUGCUACUGGGACUCCGGAAGAGCACUUGAUUAUAUUUCUUGCUCACAAUGGGCCAACAGGACUUGGUUCUAGUAUGGAUGACAUAUGCGGCAAAGAUUGGGAGUACGGCGGUGGGGACCAUGGGGAUCCAGAUUUAGAAGAAGCAAUAUCCCUACUAAAACAGAGCAACAAUUAUUCAAUACCUUUGGUUACUUUUGGGCACAUGCAUAAAGAACUGGCAUAUGGAGGCCUCCGGAAAAUGAUAGCAUUUGAUGCUGACAACACCAUGUACUUGAAUGGAGCCAUUGUUCCAAGGGUGAAAUAUCCAGAUUCUGGAGGCUCAGUUCGGGGCUUCACUAUUGUAGAAUUUGCAAGUGGUAAAAUAACAAAGGUCGCAGAAACUUGGGUGUCGGUAAUUGAUGAUAAGAUGUCAUUAGAAGAGGAGCAUGUCUUGUUUAGCAACAACGGUGAAGUCUCUUAAUUAAGCAGAUUCAUCUCACAAGUAACACAAAUUAUUCUAGUAAUGUAAAUUUGGAUAGUUUACUCAGAAUACAAUCAUGUACUGUACUUGUUACGGACUAUAACUCUAUAAGGAGUAUAUAAAAUCACAAUGCUUAUUUGAAAGAAUCUGUCUCACAGGGAAACAACAAAUAUUACAGAUCACUUACUAAUUAUUAUGAUUAUUGAUUUC